AUGAACCAAUUAAAUUUUACAAUGAAAUCUUUCUUGGUUAAUACCAUUCUCAUUAUUUGGUGUCUUCACGCUGCUGCUAUUACUACUUCUACUACUGAUAUUACUAUUGAUGCUAAAAUCACAGCAUCAUUAUCAUCAUCGCCAUCAUCAUCAUCAUCCUAUCACGGAAUCGAAGUUAACGAUAUUAACAAUGAAGACAACAAACAAAACGAGAAAGAGCAGACGAUAACCUGCCUGCUGGCCGUCAGACAGAAAUGGACAGACGAUCACCUAACUUGGGAAAAGGGAACGUACAACAACCUCGACACAAUAAUGAUGCCAAUCACGAAAAUAUGGAAGCCAGAUAUCGUCAUCUCCAACUUUGCUGGAGACAAAUUCAACGAUUACAUACCGACGAACGCAAUUAUAUCAUCAGACGGAACAGUUCUUCACAUGUAUCCAGCCCUAGUAAAAACCUCAUGUGCACUGGAUGUCAAAUUUUUUCCAUUUGAUAGCCAAAGUUGUAAGCUUGAGUUCAUCUCGUGGACUUACAACGGGAACGAGUUAGAGGUGGAUUACAAUGAAAGUUAUCCAAAUUUUAUUUACUAUAAUUCUGAAAAUCAGGAAUGGGCUGUAGAAAAGAUAACACAGGAACGCCACACGAAGCAAUAUUCCUGCUGCCCCGAGCCCUACUACGACUUGACCUUUGACAUUCACUUGAAAAGGGGCAGCCUAUUCUACGUCAUCAACCUCAUCACCCCCUGUUUCCUCAUCUUUAUCAUCUCAUUUCUGGGAUUCUUCCUUCCCGUUGAGUCCGGUGAAAAAGUGAAUUUGGAGAUAACCAUCUUGCUGGCCCUUGUGGUGUUUUUGCUGAUGGUUGGAGAGACCAUGCCACCCACGCAAGAUUGUUUCCCUAUCUUAGGUUCGGGUCAUGGUGUACAAGUUUUUUUUACUUUCCUUAUUUAA